ACUGUGGCACAAAACAACACGAAGAAAGACAGAUCUUUAAAAUAGUUCUGAAUAGAGGACGCCCUCAACCUCAUGAUUAUAACGCUAGGAAAGGGAAUUUUGAGCUAAUCUACAGCUAAUACUAAUUUCAAAAAGCUUGCCUUUGGUUGAGUAUGAUGCUGAAAAAACCUGACUCACACAUCGAUGAAAAAAUGAUCAUGAUUACUUGUAAAAUGUCGGGAACACUCCUGUUAUCAAUAACUCUGUUGAGCGUUGUUCUGGGUAAUGAUACCUGCGGCUCCAAUGUAUGCCAAUGCAUAAAGGUAUGCAACAUUGGUCGUUUUACUAAUAAUUUGAAAUGCAUUGCACAGAACUGUGGUGCAACGUUCAACACUGACACGUGUAAACUGGAAUGCAGCGAGGAAAUUUGUAAACAGAAUUGCGAGGACAGUUUAGUAUGCGACAUGCACCUGAAUUGCAACGGAAGUGAUUCUGAACAAACUUGCAACGCUGAAACAUGUAACCUGACAUGCAGCGGGAGAAUUUGUACACAGCACUGCAAAUAACAUUCAAACGUUUGUGAAAUGUAUUGUAACGCCAGGCAGUGUGCACAGACGUGUGACGCUACCACAUGUCACAUGACUAAAGCUAAAGCUGGGCCAAUAAGUUCUCCGAGUGAGCUAAAAUGCUCCGGUAACGGUCAAUGCUGUAAACGUUUCAUGUCUUCGGAAAUCUUUCAUACCGAAUGUGGCAAAGGUAAAAGCUGCACGUGCACCAAAUGUUCAAGACGCCAAUGCAGCACUUCAGAUUUAUACCCUCCAGACGUCAUUUCUUCUACCGCGGCUACAGCAAUUCAAGUUUUCGCAACUCAAAGUUCAACAGAGCAGAGAACAGAAAAUUCGCAGGCUUACCUACUAUUAAUAUCAUCAUUGUUGCCUUCACCGACAUCAUCGUCUUCAUCUUCGUCAUCCUCAUCAUUAUCGGCAGCAGCAACGCAAUCGCCAUAUACACCGUCACCAUCGUCGUCUUUUUCAUCGCCAUCGAUCACUAAGACAUCUUGGUCAUUGAUAUUAGAAGUAAUUCAGAAUCUGGCAAAUGAUUCUGUCUCGAGACUGAAUGGAAUAGAUAUCAGGAGAAACAGUUCUUUGAAGGAGGCUAUGCGUGUAUUUGAAGUCUUCACUGAUCGUUUUCUGAACGUCACAAAACCCCAUAGAAGUCAACUAAUUAGCAGAGAAGAUGAAAAUAGACGAGAAUCCAUUUUUGAAGUGGCAAUCGCCUUCGAGGAGUUUGCUCUAAAUUAUGGUAAACACCAUUUGAGCGGAACGAAGUCAUCCGCGAAGAUCACAAGUCAAAAAAUGGUUAUGGGUAUUCAAAGAGGCUAUCGCCAAAAUGCUACUGACUUCUUUCUCAAGGAAGAAGGAUGGCAAGCCAGCAUUAAUAUUUCCUCGCAAGAAUUUUCUGAAAAUGGGUCAGUGGUUGUUGGGUGCAUGUACAAAGAUCUCCAUGAGUUACUGGUGAGAAAUAAAUCCAUCGGGGGUGAAACAGGCAAUUCAAGGUCGUUGAUGAAGAAAAACAUUGCAUGUUUUGGAGUGGUUCCAAAAAGAGGUAGAAACAUAAACACUGAUAAAAAUGCUUUGGAACUCUAUUUUCUUUUUCAGACCAUAAUAUUAAAUGGGAAAUUAUUGGUGAAACGGGUAUUUGCGACGAGGAUAGUCCCGAAGUUCAAAUUACAAUGUCGGCAAUGGUUCUCGGAUAUGAAGUCUGACGAAUCAGUUUUCUCGCACUAGACAAAAUAUUCAACUAGCCAGACUUUCUUCCUCUGACUUUAACUUUUUCCUGCCGCCAUCUAGUAUCACACUAGUGCCACUGGGUUACACGGGCUUAACUCGUAUAACCUGUGCGAGUUUUUAUUGUUUGUUAUUGGUGUUUGUUUUGUUUCCUUGCGGUGUUUUGUUUUGUUUUUGUUGUUUAUUUAUUGUUGUUGUUUUUUCACAAAUGAUAAGAUAUGAGAGCAUCUUGAGAGUCCUUUUCAAAAUGUUCUGUCUACCUCCAAAGUGUAUCUUGUCAUCACUUAUUAUAACUGGGAAGAAACUAAUGGCUUUUUGCUGUGAAAUACCAAAACACUGUGAUUCUUGUUUGAAUCCCAAUAAAUUUUAUUCUUUUUCCAUUUAAAAUCAAUAUUCUUAUUUGCAAUAAUGUACUACUUGUUUUUUCAGUCAAGACGGGUUUUCAGAGGAGGGUUGUCAUGUAGAUCUUUCUAGGAGCAACUCUGAAGAAACAGUUUGUGGCUGCAAUCAUUUGACUCA